AUGCUUGCUUCAUCGAACUACUAUUUUAGUAUCUAUCAGCCUGCAAAGCUUCCAAGCGCAACAUCAUCAAAAGUGAAAAAUGCUUCAGACACAAUUUUACAAGUACUUCGGAACUGGUUCGAUAAACACGAUCUGCCAUGGGAUGAGAGUGAACCUAUCCUUAGUGAUUAUGUUCCAUUUCUGUUUGCUGGUAUUCCUUGUGCUGGUACAUUCUCCGGAACAGACACCAUAAAAACAAGUGAACGACGAGAUCGUUAUGGUAGAGUGUUGGGUCAUGGGUACGACGGGAUCGCUGGUAUACAUUUUGAUUCAUGUUACCAUCAGGCAUGUGAUACAAUAGAAAAUAUCAAUCCAUUUGGUUAUGAGACGAUGGUGAAAUCAGCUGCACAUGUAUUAGAAACGCUUGCUCGAAUAUUCAAUUUGAAUCUCUGGUUGUAUGAGUAA